UUUUUUUUUUUCUGAAUAUGGUUGUAGGCAUGAACAUUACAUUUCUGGGUACUAGUAGUGCUCAACCAAGUAUGACACGCAAUCAUCAAUCUAUGGCAUUACGAGUGGACGGGGACAUUUGGUUAUUUGACUGUGGCGAAGCAACACAACAUCAAUUCCAAAAAAGCAGUUUGAAAAUGGGUAGGAUCACCAAGAUAUUUAUUACUCAUAUGCACGGCGACCAUUGUUUUGGUCUUGGACCCCUUAUGUGCUCCAUGACAGACAACUUGAAUCCUGAAAAAAAACUACAGUUACAAGAUGCUACACAACAGGAACAACCACCUAUUGAUGUCUACGGACCUGCACGAUUACGACGAUGGUUACGGACAACUCUCUCUUCCACAUAUUCUAAUUUAGGACGAUAUUACCGUGUACAUGAAAUCUUGGGACCUGAAGAAGAAGAAUCUAUAGACGAUCCUACUCAUUUCCAUCCUCAAGAAUUACUCGGCACAACAGUUAGGUUGACACCUGCAGCAGUAUUGGACGUUGGACGAGGCUUCACAGUGACGGCCACGGCAAUCAAACAUUCGAUUCCAUCGUUAGGAUUUGUGAUUCAAGAACCAGAUGUUAUGGGCAAGUUGGAUCGGGAUACUUUAGUACCUCAACUAUUACGCAAUGCCGAGGCACUCUUCCGACAGCAAGGGAUCAAGCAACCACUGGUACUUUUGGGACGAUUACAACGUGAAGGGAAACCUAUUCAACUUCCGGAUGGUACCUGGCUAAAUCCACCUGACAAGAAACAGGGAAGGCAAGUGGUGAUUCUAGGUGAUACUUGUGAUCCAUCAUCCAUCAUUCCUUAUUGUCAAUCACCUCACUUACUGGUACAUGAAGCAACCAAUGCAUGGACUUCUCUAGAUCGGGAUAAUUUGGCAACAACGGAGGCACUCGUGGAAGAAAGGGCAGUUCAACAUGGGCAUUCGACUCCUCAAAUGGCAGGUGAUUUUGCUCUUCGGAUAGGCGCACGGACAUUGAUCUUGACUCAUUUUAGCGCAAGAUAUAAGGGCGAUGAUAGUGAAGAUGGUAUCAAGGUCAUGGAAGAAAUUAGGCAAUUGGCUUUGGCUCGCUUUGGCAAGGAUAAGGAUACAGAUCUUUAUUGUGCACGGGAUUUAUGGUCUUUUGAAAUCAAGCAUCGAUAGUGAUUUAUUUAGUUACCC